AUGCAGUUUGGCGGCGUGCUUCGGAUUUCGGAGUGGGCUGCUUCUCCUUUAGCAGACGUUCGGCAGGUCGGCAGACAGUUCCCCCCGCAGCCGUCCUACCCCGUCCAGUCCCCCGCCGUCUACCCGCAGACUCUGCCCCUCCCGCAGCCGCCGCCGUACACGGACGCACCUCCUGCUUAUUCCGAGCUUUACCGUCCCAGCUUUGUGCCUCUGGGGGCUGCCACCGUACCUACCAUGUCUGCGGCGUACCCCGGCGCUUCUGUCUUCCUGCCCAUGGCCCAGUCUGUGGCCGUGGGGCCGAUCGGCUCGUCGGUCCCCAUGGCAUAUUACCCCGUGGGACCGGUUUAUCCUCCGGGCUCGACAGUCCUUGUUGAAGGUGGCUUUGAUGCUGGAGCGAGGUUUGGGGCUGGUGGAACAGCCAACAUCCCGCCCCCCCCGCCUGGCUGUCCCCCCAACGCCGCCCAGCUGGCCGUGAUGCAAGGAGCCAACGUCUUGGUGACGCAACGGAAGGGAAACUUCUUCCUGGGAGGCUCAGACGGCGGCUACACUAUCUGGUGA